AUAACCAGGGUAAUCUAAAGCUAUUUAUACUAUAUCAUUUUACGACCAUCUGUUCACUUUUGGUCUACGUUCGGUAACAUGCACGCACAUACAGGACUACUGCUGCUCUGUGUUCUGACAGGGGCCUUUGCCCAGAGUUACGUCAGAGGACGCAACUACAAAACUAUCCCCGCCAACAACGACAUCUACUACGGUGAUCUAGCACACAUUCAAUGGAGCAAUGGAAUCAUGUUUCCAAUCUGCAGGCGACUCGACCGCGACUUCACGAUAGAUUUGAUGGUAUAUGACAGAAUAACGGUAAAGCGUGGUGGAACAUACGCAGCCACAACUGGUCGGGUGUCCGGUAUUGGAGUGGAGUUCCAAGAACUUUCCAAGAACGAGCGAAGCUUCCGUACAAUUCUCGUACUUGUAUUCCCCGGUGAACAGGAACUUGUCCAGUAUCUCCCGUUAUGAUCUGACGUACGUUUCCGUGGAAAGUUUCUAGAAAUGACUGUCAGUACUGCCUGAUACUUGUAUCUGUGAAGAAAUAAAACGGUAUCAGCUUGUA